AUGACUCCACUGUGUUCAGGGGUGUUUCGGGAGCUGUUCCUGGUAUCAGCAGCUUUACACUCAAUGGUAGGACUGGUAACAUCCAGCAUCAAACAAAGUGAAGUUCAAACAACAGAGAAGGAGACGGAGCGUUCUGCUACUAUCGGGAACAUUGGCAUCAAACUCUGCCAAGCAUGUCCUAUGGGGGAGUUGUCUGGAGAUACAGACAGGAAUGGCAAACGUUUGUUACAACACGUGGAACGGUGUAUAAAGAGUCGAUCUGGAAAAGCUGUCUGUGUAAAAGAUAGGGAGAAGUUCUAUCCUUCGAGAUCUCAACAGCAGAAACGAGAUCAGAAGAGAAAAUCUGGAGACAACAUACUCCCUGAAGCCUGCAGGGAGGGUGAUCUUAGCCGAGUGCAACACAUCUUAACUGAAGGUCAUGUUGACCUCAACAGUAGAGAGAAAAAGCACGGGAUGACACCAUUGAUGUUUGCAGCAACUGAGGGACAAAGAGACGUGUUUGACUUAGUCAUGAGUAAAGGAGGCAAUGCUUCACUUGUGGAUAUAAAUGGUGAUAACAUCCUACAUUUGGCCUGUCUUGGAGGACAUGUUGAGAUGGUGAAGUACAUCCUCUCAAAGAAGAUUGUGGACAUCAACUGUAGAGGAAUGUAUGGGAGGACUCCCUUGAUGAUUGCAGCAACUGAGGGACAUAGAAACGUGUUUGACUUUGUCAUGAGUAAAGGAGGUGAUGUGUCUGCAUUUGAUGGUAAUGGUAAUAACAUCCUACAUUUAGCCUGUGUUGGAGGAAAUGUCGAUAUAGUAAAGUACAUCCUCUCUCAGAACAUUGCGGAAAUCAACAGUAAAACAACAAAUGGAUUGACACCAUUGAUUGUGGCCGCAGCUGAGGGACAUAAAGACGUGUUUGACUUGCUUGUUAGUAAAGGAGGUGAUGUGUCUGCAGUUGAUAGUAAUGGUUCCACGAUCCUGCACGUGGCCUGUUUCUGUGGCCAAGUGGAAAUGGUGAAGUAA